CAUUUUUCGAUUGCUCGCUGAUUUUUGAUUGCAGCUUUUGUUUGAAACCAAUCAUAAUAAUUAUUGGACCAAAUUUGCUUUUGGAGAAGUUGGGAGUCUUCGGCAGCUCGGAAGUAGACGCGGAUAGUGAGAGAUAGUGCUGUUGCAAGAGAAGAAAUGGCGGCAGCGAAGCCAGAGUCGAUCCUCAGGAGGAAUCGUCCUGGCUGCAAAGCUUCGGAAUUCUACGACUGGCCAGAUGAGGAUAUUGAGCAGAUGGAAAGUACACUGUCUGUUCAGCAGUUCAUUCAGCAGAGUAUACGUCGUGACACGCUGGAUGUCGAUGCCAUGAUAAUGAUUCCCGCGUCGCAGGAAGAGGGCGUUUGGAAGUACGAGCAUUUACGGCAGUUUUGCUUGGAGCUUAACGACUUGACAGUGCUGUUGCAGGAUGAAUGCCUUCCGGCCACCUGUACGAAAAUGAUGGCAACUGAUGAUUGGGUUUUCCUCUGUGCUGCUCACAAGCAGCCCAAAGAGUGCCCCGCGAUUGACUACACGCGACACACGCUGGAUGGAGCAGCACAACUUCUCAACAGCAACAAGUACUUUCCCAGCAGAGUGACCAUCAAGGACUCUGCAGUGGCCAAGCUAGGUUCUAUCUGCAGACGCGUGUAUCGUAUCUUUGCGCACGCUUUCUUCCACCAUCGGCAUAUCUUUGAUCAGUUUGAGAUGGAGACGGCGCUGUGCCUACGCUUCACCAAGUUUGUCAAGCUGUACCUGCUGAUGACCGAGGACAAUCUGCUAGUACCCCAGCACCAACUGGAGACGUUAGUGCAGCAAGCGUUGGCUGCCAGACUCCAGUCACACCCUACUACUGGGGCUGCUUCUGCUGCGACUGCUGCGGCUGCUGCACCCGCCGACACAGCACAACACCAAGAUCAGCCUGAGCCGGAGGAGCCUGAGCAGCAGGACAGUUCGCAGAACGCCAAUUCUGGACCGGACAGUUUGCAGAACGCCGAUGCCGGCGACGACAGCGCUGGCGUAUUGGCAACCGGUGACGAAGAUGUAGCACAGGUCUGAUAAUGGUGCAGCAGGCUGAUGAUGUGUGCAGCAGGCUGAUGAUGUGUGCACAGACACAGUCUUGCCGCUGCCGUCGUCGUCGUGCUUCAUAGCUUCCUCUGGCCUGCGGCUGCUACUGUUUGACUUAGCUUGGACCCUGUUGUUGUUGCUACUCCUGCUGCUGAAACGAAGGAUUCGUCAGUCACAUCCCCGCAAGGCGUGCGCCAAGUUGGCAGGGCCACCUAUGCUGCGUUUGUGUUGCUGCUGCUGCUGCUGGCGGUGGCGGUGGGGCGAAUGGCAGCGUAGCAGCGUGUUACCGAACCCCCGGGGUGAGUGACUCCUGUGUGUGUGUGUGUGUGUGUGUGUGUGUGUGUGUGUGUGUGUGUGUGUGUGUGUGUGCGUGCGUGCGUGCGUGUGCUUUGAGCAUUCUCAUUGGUCACCAUGAUGUCGCCAUGGAGAACAUGUUGUCCCAGUGUACACCUGGUGCACUAGUUGCCUGAUCGAUUGGAGAGCACUUUCUUUAAGAGUUUGCAGCAAACAGGUAUGGUUGUUUGCCCUGUUGUACCGCACGUGCAUGAAUGCGUACGCCGACAAUCACACACUCUUGAACGGCUGAGCGGCACUUGAGCAGCUUGUGUUAGUACGUGUGUGCGCUUGCUUGUGAAUCUCUUUGUUGCUGUGCCGUGGCCAUCCUCUUUCCUCUCAAAUUGAACUGACACUCGCACUGGUUCUUGUAGGUAGCUUUCAAGUUUCUCCUUCACACACACACACACACACACACACACACACACACACACACACACACACAUGCACACAUCAAUAGCUAUGGCACUUCCAAUGGGACUUCCCCUGCUUUUUGUGAAUGUACUUGGUCUGUACGUUCCUCUGGGCCUGGGAUAAACUCGGAGAUAUUUUAGUCAUCUUUUCAUCUUAUUUUGUAUAUAUCAUACUUUUAUUUCCUUCCGUCUAACGGUGCGUUCGUCUACUCUUGAACGGGACUGAUGCGCAUCAGUAGGUAACUCUCUCUCUCUCUCUCUUUCUCUCUCCCCUCUCUCUCUCUCUCUCUCUCUCUCUCUCUCUCUCUCUCUCUUUCUCCUCUCUCUCUCCUCUCUCUCUCUCUCCUCUCUCUCUCCUCUCUCUCUCUCUCUCUCUCUCCUCUCUCUCUCUCCUCUCUCUCUCUCUCUCUCUCUCUCUCUCUCUCUCUCUCUCUCUCUCUCUCUCUCUCUCUCUCUCUCUCUCUCUCUCUCUCUCUCUCUCUCUCUCUCUCUCUCUCUCUCUUCUCUCUCUCUCUCUCUCUCUCUCUCUCUCUCUCUCUCUCUCUCUCUCUCUCUCUCUCUCUCUCUCUCUCUCUCUCUCUCUCUCUCUUUUAUUUUUAUUUUUUUAUUGCAUACCCGACGGCAACCCGAGCAGUGUGUGCUUGUCCGUGUGCAUGCUGCAACCUGUAUCUGCUACACAUGCAAGGCAUUAUUCUUUGAAGACUUAACCUUCACAUACUAGUCCCAUCAAACACAUACCAAUGAUAAAUUGUUACAUAAGGCUAUAGAAUUCGCGAUGCAGUUUGAGGUUUUUAGACGAUAGCGUUACACGAAAAUCCCUUGCUAGCUGUACUUUAUUUUAUGUUCCUCUGCCUUUACGACGCGUUUCUCCUUUUCCGAAAUGGCUUCCUGUGUUUCUUGUGACACGUGUUUUGCAACAGCUUCCCUCGUUCUCUGACGUUUUGCGGCUGUUUAUCAGUUCUGGGUUUGUUCCUUCGGGCCCUUUCUGGAUGGAGCCUGUGGUUAUUGUUGUCUCCGUGGUGAUAUUGGCCAAUGAA